AUGGUUGCAGAGAUGGGAGAAGCAGCACCGGAAGCAGAGGUGGUGCCAGGGGCAGAGGGCGGUCAUGGCGAGGCGCUGAUGGUGCUCGAGACUCUGGCGUCGUCUUCGCUGGCCUGCACCGUCCCGCAGUUCCCGACCAAGUGGAAUUCCGUCAAGGACAAGCUCCGGCAGCUCUGCUCCGGCCUCAGUUUGCUGCGCAGCAAUGGCGGCGACGGCGAAGAUGAGGAGGAGGAAGAAGGGGAAGAACAUCACCAUGUGCUGGCUCAGUUUCUGCAGUCUGCUUCGGCCACCGUGAGGGCCAUCCUGGACGUGGCCUCGCAGUGCAGCGACGGCACCGGCGGCCGGCUGCUCAGCUCCUCCUUCGCCGUCCUCCGGAACCUGAGCAGGGUGGAAGAAGUAAAAAUGUUCAUGGUGGAGCAGGGCGUGGUGACGGAGCUGGUCAAGCUCUCGCAGAAGAUGGAGGAGGUCCGGAAGCUCGGCGCCGUGGAGCUGCUGCACGCCAUGGCGCUGGACGACGCCGACGUGAGGGAGGAGGCCAUCGGCAUGGGGGUCAUCCAGUCCCUCCUCCAGCUGAUAUACCCGGACCUCCCCUACUCCUACAAGGCCCGGGAGGUGGCCCUGGCCGCCAUCUGGUUCUUCUGCUUCUCCUCGGCGAGCUCCAUCGACGACCUGACCAGCUCCGACGUGCUCGGCUGGCUGCUCCACUACCUCAACAACGGCGACUACGCGGUGCUCGACUGCACGCUCAAGAUCCUCCGCCACCUCGCGGAGGCCUCGGAGGAGUACGGCCGGAUGAUGGCCCGGGCCGGGUACUUCGCCGCGCUCUCCGGCCUGCUCGCCGCGAAGUCCUUCCGGGUGCGGGAGAUGGCGGCGCAGGUGCUGUCCAGCCUGCUGGCGCUGCACGGGAACCGGGUCAUCUUCAUCCAGGACGGCGACAACCUGGACCGGCUGCUGCAGCUGCUCGACCCCUCCGAGGGCAAGCUGAUGGCCAAGGGCCUCAUCCUCUCGGCCGUCAUGUCGCUCGCCGAGACGGGCGCCGGCAGGAAGAAGAUCGUGUCGUCGGAGCACUUCGGGAGCCUCAAGGAGCUCGCCGACUCCGGCGACUCCGACGCCAAGAAGGUCGUCAAGAAGAUCGCCAACAGCAGCAGGCUGCAGUCCAUGUUCAGCAAGAUAUGGAGCGCCUAA